AUGCCUACCAUAUAUAAAAUAAUCAAAACUACAAAAAUAUCAUAGCUGGUAAAUAAUGUAUUUCUACUUGUAUUGCUAAAGUUUAAUUUAAUAGUUACUAAGCCUUUAUAGCAUACCUAAGGAGAAGGCAUUGGUAAAAAAUCAACCAUUUGUAAAUUCAUUCCAAAAGAAAAUAACUUUUAAAUCUGUACUUGUAAAACAUUCACUUAAUAUGCAGAUGAAGAAAAAGAUUAAUAUACAUGUAAGACUAAUCCUUCUUUUUAUUGGACUAUAAAUUAAUGUAUUGAUUACCUUGUGAAGCCUUUUCAUCUGGUUUAAAUUGUAACACAAUACCAUGUUUAGAUGGUAUAUUUCAAACUAAUUUCUAUUUAUAAUACUAAAUAUAAAAAAAGCUAUUCAAAAACUGCGAGUGUUAGAUAUUAGUGA